AUGGAUCUUCGUUACGAGGCGAUGGGCCAGAUUAAUAAUAACUUCCUCAAUAGCAAGGUAACCUUGCUAGUUGACCGCGACCUCAUGGAGAUCGAUAUUGACCGGCCCUCUCUGGAGGCGAAAGAGGCUAUCGUGGCAACUCUCGUUGUUUGUGACUGGAAUGUUCGUGCCUGGACGCUUUUGGAAGGUAUGCGAGGUUGCUGGAACCUCCACAUCCUGUGCAAAGACAACCAUAUCAUAUCUCUUGGGGAUACCCUUAAUGAUGUGUUAGCAUACAGCAAUCUCACCCUUAUUCCUCCAUGCUUAGCCUUGCAGCACUACGUACCUACCGACGAUCGCCCUGUCGAAGGUGAGAUACCCCCUGCCAAGAUAGAGCAAGCAACCUGCCUCUUGAAUCACAGACACGCCACCAAGGACCGAGACGUGACCCUGAUCUGGAGUCUGGUGUGCGGCUCAAAGCUCUGUAAAGCAUCUGUGGACUUUUGGAAGUCCACAGUGGGAAACUUCCUAUCAACCGGAUUCCUCGUCUUCAGCAGUCCACGUCUGCAGGGCGAGUACGGAUUCAGCUGGGCACCCUCACACCCGAAUCUCCUGCCUCCCACGGCUGGUACCCCCAGUACAGAACAAUAUCCCGCCUACGAUGGAGAAGAUAGUGUAGCAGGUAGGGUUACCGAACAAGGCUUCAAAGCGCAAUGGCUUGCCUGCCUUAUCGGUCGUUCUCGAGCGCUUCCGACGUGGCUCCGCUUGAAGUUCUUCGAACAGGACGAGUCCGAGGUCCCCAGUUACAUUUACAUCUACAACAAGGAAGCCUAUACAGUGAUUGCACCGGUGUUUAAAAAGUAUCUCUGGGUCUCUCUUUUACUGCCUGCUGUCAGAGAUCGAGGAGCUAGUGGAGCAGCUUCUCCUCCUAGACCGUUCCAAUACCAGGGUGAGGCCAAGGGACCAUUGCUGGUAAUUGCUGGCUCGAAUGAUGGCAAUGAGUGGGAGUGGCAGUUUGUGCAUGAGUGGGAUACAAGUUUUCAGCUGCCUGAGUUUGUGCUGAAGGAUUUGUUGUUUGUUUAA